AUAUAUACUAAAAGAGGAUGAUACUGUCAGGGAAUCGAAAUUAGGAAAUUCUCUGUUUUGGGAUGGCAGAUAUAAGCUACCAAGAAUGGGAAUUUAUAAGAAUAUAAUCAACGCAAAAGGGUAUGACCUGAGAAUCGGAUCUAAAACAAGUGGACCAUUAAGUACUAAUGUUAACAAUCUUAAAUCCAGCUGUGAAGAGAGAGACCAUUCUCAUCAAGAUUUUCUUACUAAGUUGAGAUUAAAAAUGAUGGUGGAUGAUGUGGUUCAAAGCAAUAAGUUGAUUGAAGACAUUGAUGAGUCUCAACACUUUUUCAACUACAAAAAUAAAAGGGUUUGGAAAUGUAAGGAGAAAACAACUGAAAAAACUUUUUGGAUGAUAGUGAACGUGAUGGAGGUAUUGGUUGCGGUGCGUGUGGUGGAAACUUUCGAUGGUGUCGAAUUAGUCCAGAAACCAGCCAGCAAUGGCACAUUGAAACUUCUAGACAUUCAUGAAACAAAGUUUCUGGAUGAGAAUUAUAAUCCAGUGAUUUACCUGGGGCAGCUUGAGUAUGAAAAUAAUGAAGGCAUGGAUGAGGUAUAUCAAAAAAGACAGAGUGAUGGAGAAGUGCUGCGGAAGUCGUUGGAUGAGAUUGCCCACCGCCUGGGUGGCAGAGCAACACAGCACUGCUACACGAACCUACGUGACAUCAAUGUCAUAUAUCGUGAGUCGCAUGACGUCUUGCCCAAACAAUUGGACAAGAUCGUCGGUGACGGGGACAGCUUAUUGAAAUUCGAACUUCAUGUGACUAUUGAUGACAAGUCUGUCAAAACGGAAACCACACCUGGAUUCGCCCUUGAACCAAGGUGGGAAUAGAACUGCAGAUACAUAUUAUACUAAAUCCACCAUGACAGACAAACAUGAUGCCAACUACAGUUGGAUUGGAUUUGAAAAAAAGUUCUUCUCCUCUCUACAUCUGAUGAAAGCCAUUUUCAGUAAGUUGCACUCUAUUUCCUUCAAUAAUCAACUUUUUCAACAUACAUAAACAAACUUGCUUGUAACCUUUACAAACAAACUUAGGCUACCUACAAUAUAUUUAAGAAUUACUGGAGAAGUUUUAAGAUUUGAUGUCAGGCCCUAUUCAUAACCCUAAUAUAACAGUAAUUGCAAUUUUUAGUGUGUAUAAGUUGAAUGUUUAUCAUUUUCAAACACUAACAGGUGAACACUUACAAACACAACUGUUAGCAUUGUUGGUUAACCUCAAACUUGUAAAAAAACUAUUAAGUUAGUGGUUUUAAUUUCAUGAUUCAAUACAUUUUAAGCUAGUGAUUAUAUGAUUCAGUAAUAUUAUAAUAGAUUGAUUCAAUAUCAUGGAUGAUUAUGAUAUAAAAGAAGCUAUUGUAAAAUGUUACAAUAAUAGAACUAUAUUCAUAACACCAUAAUAGGCCCACUCACUAAUUAUUAGUUAUAUUUAUUAGGGACUAUAGUUACAUUUGAACUAAAUUUUUUUUAAUAUUUUGAUUAGAUUAAAGCAUAUUUAUUCCAAUAUGACAAGUAUAAAAUCCCCCCCUUGAGAAAUACUUUAAAUAAAUUGUAAAUAGAAGCAAUAAUUUUCAUUGAUAGGCUACAAUUUGAUAAUUAGUUCAGUACUACUAUGUAAGGUCCUUGAAUACUCUCUUGUAUUGGUUUAUUGUUAUAUUAUUUAC